GCAGCAGUAUUGCGAAUGAAACCAGACAGCUCGUCGUCAGUGCUGAACUCACGCAGCAGACCCCGACAACACCACAGUGGUGGGCUGGUGACUCCUGACUGGCCUGCUUUCUCCAGUCACCCCCUGUCAGCCAUGAGCCUGCUCAGCUCUCAGGAGGACUACCGGAGUGAAGAAAGUGAAGAGUUUGGGCCUGUUUUUGUCCAGGAGCCAGAUGAUGUUAUUUUUCCUUUGGAUUCUGAUGAAAAGAAAGUGGUGAUGCACUGUGAGGCACGGGGGAAUCCACCACCCACAUACAGUUGGUACAUCAAUGGCACAGAAGUGGAUGCAGAGGCAGAUUACCGCUAUGGCUUCAUUGAUGGAAACUUAAUUAUUACUAAUGCAAGUGAGAUCACUGACUAUGGAAAGUACCAGUGUAAAGCAGAGAACAGCUUUGGGACUGUCCUAAGUCGAGACUCUCUUUUACAGUUUGCAUAUCUCGGUGCUUUCAGUGGGAAGACCAGAGGUGGGGUUUCUGUACGUGAAGGCCAAGGUGUGGUACUCAUGUGUACCCCUCCUCCUCAUUCACCAGAGAUUAUCUACAGCUGGGUGUUUAACGAGUUCCCCUCAUUUGUUGCCGAGGACAGUCGGCGCUUCAUCUCCCAAGACACAGGAAACCUGUACAUCUCGAAGGUCCAGCCCUCUGACGUAGGGAGUUACAUCUGUCUGGUGAAGAACACAGUGACAAAUGCACGGGUUCUGAGCCCUCCAACACCUCUAACACUGAAAACCGACGGUGUCAUGGGCGAAUAUGAGCCCAAAAUUGAAGUGCAUUUCCCUACAUCUGUUCUGGCUGCCAAAGGAGUCACUGUCAGGCUGGAGUGCUUUGCUCUGGGGAAUCCAGUGCCAACAAUCACAUGGAGGAAGAUAAAUGGCAACAUCCCCAAGAAAGCAAGGCUUCGGAAGUCCCAGGCUGUGCUGGAGAUUCCCAACAUUCAGCUGGAGGACUCGGGAACUUACGAGUGCAAAGCUGAGAAUCCAAGAGGUGGCACUGCUUUCAAAGGACAUCUGCAGGUCUACACCUUCCCUCAGUGGGUCAGAAUGAUUAAUGAUACUCAGAUGGAUAGUGGAGAGAAGCUCCAAUGGGAGUGCAAGGCCACAGGGAGGCCCCGGCCCACCUAUCGCUGGCUUCGUAAUGGUUUGCCCUUGACAUCCCAGGGUCGAGUUGAAAUAGUAAAUGGAGAUCUGACCAUUCACAAAGUGCAGCAGACGGACUCAGGAAUGUACCAGUGUGUUGCAGAAAACAAAUAUGGGGCCAUCUAUUCCAAUUCUGAACUGAAGAUUUUAGCAUCAGCACCUGUUUUUGUCCCCAAUCCCAUACGGGUCAUUGCCACGCUUGGAAAAGAUGUAUCGCUCGAAUGCAAACCCAGAGCAUCACCCAAGCCACGGAUAACAUGGAAGAAAGGAGACAGAAGAGUACAGCCAAGUAAAAGGAUUAUGUUGUUACGGAACAACACUCUGAGAAUUGUUAACUCCAGCCGAGCGGAUGAGGGGAACUAUGUGUGCCGGGCGGAGAAUCAGUUGGGUUCGGCAGAGAUGACUGCCAUGCUGUGGGUAAAAGAGGCCAUGCGUGUGGAGCUUAGCCCGAGCAGAGUGGAAGUGACUGUGGGGGAGAGCGUGGUGCUGAGCUGCAAGGCCACGCAUGACACAUCGCUGGAUGUGGCUUUCCAGUGGUUCUUCAACCAAAAACCAAUCAACUUCCAGCAGGAUGGCGGCCACUUUGAAUACAUCCAAACACAGUCUUCAACAGUGGAUCUGAUGAUCAGGAGCAUUUUGCUGAAGCACGCUGGGAAGUAUGGGUGUCGGGCACAGACCAGUGCUGACAGCGUAUAUGCAGAGGCUGAACUCCUUGUGCGAGGUCCUCCUGGGCCCCCUGGAGUGGUGAUAGUGGAGGAGAUCACAGACACCACAGCUACCCUGUCCUGGACUCGUGGCCUUGACAACCACAGCCCUAUCAGCACCUAUAAUUUACAGGCGCGCAGCCCAUUUUCAUUAGGCUGGCAAACUGUCAAAACAGACCCAGACCCAGUCACAGGGGACAUGGAGUCAGCCAUUGCUGUGGAGCUCAACCCCUGGGUGGAAUAUGAGUUUAGGGUGGUGGCCAGCAAUGCGAUCGGCACCGGAGAUCCUAGUGCACCUUCGAGAGGAGUACGGACUAAAGAAGCAGUCCCAUCAGUGGCACCAGCAAAUGUUAGUGGAGGGAAUGGCCGCAGGCAUGAACUGGUCAUCUCAUGGGAGCCUGUAUCUGAAGAGUUCCAAAAUGGUGAGGGCUUUGGGUAUAUUGUUGCAUUUCGUGCCAACGGAACCCGAGGCUGGAAGGAGAAGAUGGUGACUUCGGCUGAUUCUACUACGUACAAAUACAGAGACGAGACGUUCCCUCCCCUUACCCCAUUUGAAGUUAAGGUUGGCGUAUACAACAACAAGGGAGAUGGGCCGUUCAGCAAAGUUGUCAUCAUCCACUCUGCUGAGGGGGAACCGAGGGAAGCGCCAUCUGAUGUGAAAGGUCACAGCAUUUCUUCAUCGGAAAUUAGGGUCACUUGGAAACCGCCCAACCCUGGCCCUGGAAGACCAAGAGGAUAUGAGGUCAGCUACUGGAAAGACAUGGAGCAGGAAGAGUCGGGAAAAAAACAAAGAACUGUGAAAAACGAAACAUCCAUGGUCUUGACAGGACUAGAAGGAAACAGUCUGUAUCUCAUCACAGUAAAAGGCUUCAACAGCAUCGGCCAGGGUCCUGCUAGUGCUGCUGUCACAGCCAAGACCAGAAAAGCCCCUCCAGCUCAACCUCCAGCCAACCUCAUGUGGAUUCAAGAGGGCAACAACGUGUCUUUAAGCUGGGACCCAGUGAAGGCAAAAGACAAUGAAUCCGAUGUCAUCGGAUACAUGGUGUUACUCAAACAGGAGGGCAGAGGCCACAACCAGGUGACAAGAACCAUUAACCCUUCCACCAUGCUCUCACUGCCAGAGGGAGGCACCUAUAUCAUUGAGGUGCGUGCCCUCAGCGAGGGAGGAGAGGGAGCGGUCAGCUCUCAAGUUCGAGUUGUCACCUCCUCCGGUGUUCGAGCAAAAAGCAACCAGUGCUCUGUGCACUGCCUGUCACAGAGCCUAACAUGGACAGCACUGCUCCUGGUUCUUCUGGUGCCUUCAGCGUCCUGGUGA